AGACGAGUCGCCGACCUACGAAGAAGAGAGAGAGAUACAAGCUUCGAAAAACAACUGUCCGCCGAAGGAAAGAAGAGACACGCUCGCACACACUGCGUGGCUACGCAUCGGCGGCAACCCUUCUUCUUCUUCAUCGCAAGCUGUGGACAGCGGGACACUCACCACGCCGUGGUCUCGAGCCGGCAACUAAAAACGACGGGAGACAAGACGGCUACUGGCACGACGAGGAAGCUACGGAGGCUGCAGUUCUCUGGGUUACUGCGGUGAAGCCUUUCGAUCUGGUGGCACCGCGGUGCGCCAGGCAGUUCGGUGUGGGUGCGCGUGUGAAGCAGUGUUUCCCCCCCCCCCUUGUAAGUGAGACGAGAAAGAGAAGACGUCCGAAACUCGCGGGUCCUGCAAAACGAACCGGGGCCUGCCACGGUUGCGUUGUGUGAUGAGACCUCGUGCGUGUUGUGUGGUGAGACUUCGCAAGGGAGCCAUGACUUGCGCUACGGAAAACCAGCCACACGCGGACAGACUGAGCGGCCCUGUCCGUUUUUCGUGCCGUUGAAAAGAAGGGCGCGCCACGUCUUCAGCUGCGUUGUUGCACCCUCCUCGCUCGCUUUGCCGAGACCAAAACGCCGUUCUCAUGUUUCUUCGCGGCAGUGCGAGUGGCGACCGCCUGGAAAUCCUGGGUCGGCCCCAACUGCAGCUACAGGGCGUGCCGCGACGUGACGCUCACCCGUGGCCCGGCGGGCUCGUCGAGAAAGCCGCGACUGAGCCUCCAGGCUUGAGCUUUUGCCCGCCCAGCAUGUCGCCUGCUUCGCUUUUCUCUUACGCUGACGAGCCGCCGGCCCUGACAUAUUCGCCCUUUGAACCAAUGAUGGACAUCAAGGCAGAGGUUCACCGGUGGAACCCAGAAGUACACCGGAGCCCCGUGCUGGGACCAGGUCCCGGCAGUGGUCCCGUGCCCAUGAUGACUCCAGCCGCCCUGAACCACUCUGGUCCCGAGUGCGCGGGCUGCCAGAAGCCCAUACGCGAGCGGUUCCUGCUCAAGGCGUUGGACCAGCUGUGGCACGAGGACUGCCUCAAGUGCGCCUGCUGCGACUGCCGCCUCGGAGAAGUCGGCUCCACCCUCUUCACAAAGGCGAACCUUAUACUCUGCAAGAGGGACUACCUCAGGUUAUUCGGCACCACAGGACUCUGCUCUGCGUGCAGCAAAGCUAUCCCAGCAUUCGAGAUGGUCAUGCGGGCGAGGGGAAACGUGUACCACCUCGAGUGCUUCGCCUGCCAGCAGUGCAGCCACAGGUUCUGCGUUGGUGAUCGCUUCUACUUGCACGACAACCGCAUUCUCUGCGAGUACGAUUACGAGGAGCGGGCCCUGAUGGCUGGCGUGCCACCGCCUUUCUACACCACCGGUCCCGGAGGCGCUGCCGGGGGUCCCGGAGGCUUAGCGGCGGCGCUCAGCCACCAGCAGGCCAACAACCCGCUCCCGGUAAAGCGUCCGGGUCAGCAACAGCAGCAGCAGCAGCAGCAUCAGACGCCGCAGCAGGCGGUCAUGUCUCAGCCCCAGCCUCCAUCGCAGCAUCAGCAGCAGCAACAGCAACAGCAGGCUCAGCCUACUCAGCAACAGUCUCACUCCGUGGACGAGCCCACCAGGGACGACCGUUCGAGCGGUUACGGCAGCGGGGACUCCCCGUAUGACGGCCGGUAGCUAUGGCGACCCCCAGCGCCGACCAUGAUCUGCGCUGCGCGCCCUUUUGUCGGCAACGGCGCGACCAAGAAACGCAAGACCAAGAGGUAGAUCUUUCCUUCAAUGGAGAAGAGACUCGCACGGCUAUGCUAAGAGAAGUGCCGUCGGUGACCAGAACAGUUGAAAACGAAACGUGCUGUGCUGGAGCCACGUUUAACCGCCGUCGGUCUCGUUCUGCGCGUGAUUUGGCGCAGGUCCAUCGGAUGUGCACGCGCACGCUUCAUUGUGGGACGACGCGAGAACGUGUGAUUCGAGGAUCGUGCUGCGGUUCUUCGUUAGCGGUACGACAGUUUAAUGUAUGAAGAAUGCAAGGAGGGGCUCGUUUUAUGAGAAAUAUGCGAAGCUUACUGCUGCUCUGUUUCGCGCAUGCUUAUUGCAACUGUUCGUAAUGGCCUUUUCUGUGCUUUCCACUUGGGUGUCGGUGCAGAGGAUAUUAUUUCGUGCUGGCAAAAUCAUAUAAGACAUUAACUUACGCAUUUUUUAUUUUUUAUUGGAGGUUACCUGUUCUUUACAUGCGUCUUGGGGUUCUAGUGUUGUUUCAGAAUGUAAAGUAGAGCGGUACUUGGAUGUAAAUUGCAUUCGUUCUUUUUAAUCACAAACCUCAACGGAUAUCCAGCCUUUCAUUUCUUCGUUUUCGUGCCUUUUAAUUCUGCAAUCUCAGGCGUAACGAGACGCUUUGAAACAGCUUGUUUUAGCCUUUCCAUCACCGUUGACUUUCCUGUCUUGGUGCGCUGAUGGCAUUUAUGUUGCAUUGCCGUUGCUUUGAAGGAUAGUUUUCAACCUUGGCUGUAUAACGAGUGACAAGUACUUAAGGAUAGGUCAGCGUAACUGUAAAUAUGGAAGCACUAUUGCUGCCCUUCGCCGAACCACAUUGUCUCUCACGGUCAGGUAACACUAAAUGCCUCCCUUGACGCAUCGCUUCACGAGUGGCCCCAAUUUGUGAUGAAUCCCUCCUCACGUCUCUGACCCACAUUGACGACACCUGUCUGCUGUUAAGAACUGUUGGACACGUCGCGUGUUGUGUGGCGAAUACUAUGUGCAGCCUGUUCUCAGCAAGUCAGACCAUCGGUUCUGGCAACCACGACGCUCCUGCUUCGGACUUUCUGUGCGUCAGCAGCCACUUUCCAUGAACCACCUCGAUACCAUGUGGGACACCAACGACGCUUCAAAGAUGUGUGCUUUACUGGACAAACCAUCACUGAGUUGCACUCAGAAAGCCGUACCAGAGACUCUCGUCUGGCUUUGCGUGGGGCGUACAUUGUCGCCAAAAAAACCAAGGCGUCUGUUAUUUUUUUUUCUUUCCUUGUGUUACUCGCAAAGAGCAGCUCGUCCAUUUACAUUGUUUCGCGAGUUAUAGUACAACCAAAACCAAAUCGGGCUCAAUGAGAGAAUGAUUGCUCUGUGAAAACAGUCUAAAACAGAGUGGGAUAGGAUCUUUUUCCCUCUUUUUCUGCACCCUAGUAGAAAGUCCUUUACUCUUCAAAACAGGGGCUAAGGUUGUUUAUUUAUUCAACUUUUUUUUGCGAUCGCAGCGCUGAAGUUUCCAGGGCAUUAUGUUUAGCGGGUCGAGAGAAAUAACGCGGGCGUCUCCCUUGUCACUCAGCACGUGUGUACUAUGUCUGGGCACGGCCGAUAGAUGGGCGGAUAAAGAUAACUUUCACGAAAGCUACUUCCCCUCUGUGAACCACCCCCGUUUUAGGUGCGUUCUUGGGAGCUAUGUAGUUGCGGCUUCCUUACGCUACGCUGCCCGCUUUCGGCACCCUGUAACGAAGCGAUUAAAAAAAAAAGAAGAAAUGGGUGCCUUGCGAGAAAUGUCUUGUACAUAUUGUUCGUUAUGACAAGUGAAGUUUUUUCGUUUGUAGACCAGAUUCUCUCAUUUCCCGCAAGUUGUUCCUGGUGCGUCCUUGAUAAGCGACUGCCGGCUAUGCGUGCGUGCGUAUGUGUGUGUAUGUUCGCGUGUGCUGUGUGUGUGUGUGUGUGUGUGUGUGUGUGUGUGCGUUUGUGCUUGUGUGUAUGUGUGUGCGUGCGUGCUUGUGUGUGUCGAUGCGAAGCCAUGCAGCCACACAGAUGAUGUAGUCUGUUGUAACUACGCAAACUGGUCACGGCAACGCCAAGCGAUUGAAUGCGAAUUUGGCUGUGGCAUUACCACCAGUGACCUCGAAAAAAUCAACACACCAAAGAAACGUCACUGAUAAAUUACCUACGAUUACGGUCGGAUAGUGGGGUGUCUAGCGUUUAUCGCUAUGCUAGCUUGUUCUCGAGCUUUGAACUUGCCCUUGGGAGCAAAGGAGUAGUCAAGCCUUAUUCGGAGAUUUUCAGACUGAUAACCUUACAGCUGUUAUCGUUUUACUUAUUCAUGACCAUAAUUACUUUAGUUGGUUAUUUAUCUUCUUCUUUUGUUGAAAUGGUUGCUUUCAGUAGUCACGUGUGUUAAAAGACAGUAGUAUUGUUGGGUCGUUUCGGUGCUUUUUAGGAAACGCUCAACAACAUACAGACGAACGUGCAAUAAUCUCAAGUCAAGCAGUUACUAGUCAAGAAGUAUUCCUAACCGUUACGCACUCUUUGUAAACAAUACGAACUUAAAGCGAGCGCUCCAAAAACGUUUCUUGUCUUUUAUGCAACGCAGUAAAUCCAAAAAAAAAAUUAUAUGGCUAUCAGAUGCGAAAGUGUCGAUGUUCUCAGAUCUUGACCAUAUGCAUAGACUUUCAAAGCUAAAGACGUCAAUUUUUUUCCUUCAGCACAAAACUGCUGACAGACUGAUAUCAGAUAAGUCAGUAUCUAAAGAAAUCAGGAAAUCUAAGGAUAGUUCUUACGUUUCGUGACUGCACGAUGAAAUUACCGGGCACUGCAGUUUAAUUAGUUGCACUGAUAAGAAUUGUCAAUGCUGCGAUCUUUGCCAAGAAGAAUGCCGUGGCUCAUUUUGUACGACUAUUUUCUUCGAGCAUGAACCAGGGUCAAGUGUACGACCACUGUCGCAACAAUUUGUUUUUGAGAAAACUACACGCAGCUGUGGUGUGUGCAAGUGCUUUAACCUUCACGACGGCAGACUGUUUUGAAUGGGGUGUUCACGUGAAAUCUACUGGUCAUACACUUUCCCAUUGUUGUGUUGUGCUCGGGCCAGUGCACGCGGGCAUCCAUUUCACAGCGUUCAGAGUGCUGUCUGUUUCCCUCCAAAGUGCAGUGAUUGACCCUGUUCGCUCUUUUUUUGAAUAUAAUAUAAUGCUAUACUUCCCAUUUUGACUGUUCAUUUCUCUUCGCUUGCCUUCGCAAGACUGAAGUCUAUGUGCGGAGUCAUGGAUACUCCCUGAUUGCGUGGCAACUAUCUGUAGCAAUAAAAGUGUGCGCAAUUCA